AAUGUACAGUUCAUUAUGAAAUCAUGUUUUACUAUCAUCGCACGGGAGUAAUAUCUCUAGCCAGCAACGAGUCCUUGUGUUGUUGGUCUGUGCUCCGGGUAGUUUAAGAUAAUAAUUUAUUGUAAUUAAUUUUAUCCGCAAGCUAUAAGAGGAGGUGUUUCAUAUUUAAUCUCUUGGGCUGAAGUGACAAGUGGAAAACGUGUCACUUCUAACUCGCGUUAGAGUUUUCAGGACCGAGGCUGAUACACGCAGAUACAAUGGAUCUUGUGGUCUUGGUGGCGUUCAGCUCCUGGCUGGCUCCUGCACUUGCCGCUGUGGCAGUUGAGGACAAAUACAGAGACAGUGAUUUUGAAUACGAUUAUGAAACUCUGAAACUCACUGGCGUGGGGAUCUCAGUGGUAAUGUUCGCCGUGGGAAUCGGCCUCGUCAUCACCCGAAAAUGUUCCUGCUCAAAGAGUGAGGAGUCAAGGUUCGUAGGUCCUGGUGUGGAAUCAAUUGUUCCUAUGGCUUAGACACGAAAGACAAAGAACAACGGAGAUCUCGUGGCGGCACAUACCUUGAUCACAGCAGAGGACAAUCUCUCCAUGAACACAAGAAGCCUUCCUUCAAUUUCUUAAUGUUACUGUGCUAUGGUAUAUAUAUAUAUAUAUGGUAGUAGUAUAGAUUGGUAAAAGUGUGAUUCUCAUUUGUAUUUUUAUGACUUUCAGAUUGAUGCAAAAUAAUAAAACACGUGUUGGAAAAGG